AUGCAAGGGUAUUUCACGAGCCCAAAGGACUACCUCCAGACAAGGGGCAUGGUUCAUCAGAUUCCAUUAAAAGAAGGUACGGAUCCAGUGAACGUAAGGCCAUACCAUUAUCCCCAUGUGAUGAAGGGGGAGAUUGAGAAGCAGGUGGCCGAGAUGCUAAAGACUGGGGUCAUAAGAGCCCUCAACCGGGCAACACCAGAUAAAUUUCCUAUCCCACUGAUAGAGGAAUUGUUAGAUGAAUUGAGAGGGACCAAGUAUUUUUCGAAGGUGGAUUUGAAGUCCGGUUACCACCAAAUUCGGAUGGGAGAAGGGGACAUAGAGAAAACGGCCUUUCGGACUCAACAGGGUCAUUACGAAUUCAUGGUGAUGUCGUUCGGUCUCACCAACGCGCCAGCUACCUUCCAGAGUGCGAUGAACAGCCUGAUGCAGCCUUACCUGAGGAAAUUUGUACUCGUGUUCUUUGAUGAUAUAUUGGCAUAUAGCCGAUCCUGGGAGAAGCACUUAGAUCCUGUCGGUUUAGUGCUAGGGAGUCUCGAGGAGAACAGAUGGGUGGCCAAUAGAAAAAUAUGUGAGUUUGGCAAAACUCAGAUAAGCUAUUUGUGUCAUCGAAUAUCAGAGAGGCGUGUAGAGAUGGACCAGGACAAAGUAAAGGCUGUGGUAGAUUGGGAGAAGCCCAAGAUGGUGAAAGCUUUGAGGGGGUUUCUGGGCCUGACAGGGUACUAUAGGCGGUUUGUGAAGGAUUAUGGGAAAACUACUAAACCUUUGACUGAUCUUCUUAAAAAAUGGCAGUUUACAUGGACAGAGCAAGCGGAGGAAGCCAUGUCAAGAUUAAAGAAGGCCGUUACCACUGGACCCGUGCUGGUUUCGCCUGACUUUGACCAGCCGUUCCAUAUUAAGUGUGAUGCAUCGGGAAGAGGGAUAGGAGCGGUUCUCACACAAGGGAAGAGGCCUAUUGCUUUCUUCAUCAAGGCGUUAUCGGAGCGAUCGUUGAGUAAGUCGAUCUAUGAGAAGGAAUUGAUGGCGUUGGGGGUCACCAACAGAGUAGCAGACGCCCUAUCUCGAAAGAAGGAGGACACAAAGGAGGAAAAGGAGUUGAGCAUUGUGGCCAGACCUUAUUGGCAUGAUUUCGGGGAGAUUCUGGAGGAGGUUGAAGCAGAUGAAGCGUUAAAGAAGGUGAUAGAAGACUUAAGAAAGGACCCCAACUCGCAUCCCUCGUUUACUCUAGAACAUGAUCGAUUACACUAUAAGGGGAGGCUUGUGAUUUCAGCUCACUCGGCCUGGGUGCCUAAGUUGAUAGCAGAGUUUCAUACGACUCAAAUAGGAGGGCAUUCAGGGGUCUAUCGGACUUAUCGCAAGGUAGCACAAUCACUUUACAGGAUAGGAAUGAAGAAAGCAGUGACUGACUUUCUUGCAAGCUGCCUGGUAUGCCAACAGCAUAAAUAUUUGUCAUCCUCUCUACAGGGGUUGCUGCAGCCGUUACCCAUACCCAACGCCAUUUGGGAGGAGAUAAGUAUGGAUUUUAUCAUGAAGUUGCCUAAGUCCCACGGGUAUGAUGCUGUGCUGGUAGUAGUAGAUCGCCUCAGCAAAUAUGGACAAUUCAUACCAUUGAAACACCCCUAUUCCGCCCGUACCAUAGCUAAAGUGUUUGUAAAGGAGAUUGUCUGGUUGCAUGGGAUACCCAUACCUAUCGUGAGUGAUAGGGAUCCACUGUUUCUGAGUAUUUUUUGGAAGGAGUUGUUUAAACUACAGAGAACUCAACUGAAGAUGAGCAUAGCCUAUCAUCCUGAAUCCGAUGGGCACACCGAGGUAGUGAACAGGGUGUUGGAGGGUUACCUCAGAUGCUUUUGCUCAGAACAACCAAAGGGAUGGAGCAUAGUACUACCCUGGGCGGAAUAUUGA